CAAUUGAAACUCUCCUAAUUACGAGAAGUGGAAGAUAGCAAUAGGAGAGAAGAAAGCUUCGAGGCCAAGGUAUUUUGGAGGCGCAGGGAGAUGAUGGGAGGAGGAGGAGGAGGAGGAGGAGGGGAUGGGGAUGCCAUGGGCGGGCGGAUGGCGAUGAUGCCGCCGCAGAUGAACAGAUCUUGGCAGCAGCAGCAGCAGAUAAGGAUGGGGAAGGAGGAGAGGGUGGCGCAGGUACAGUGGAGCGAGCAGGAGACGAGGGAGCUGAUCGGUUUCAGGGGGGAUCUGGAGCGGGAUUUGACGGUCGCGCGGUGGAACAAGACCCUCUGGGAGGCGGUGGCCGCCCGGAUGAGGGAGAGGGGCUACCGCCGCACCCCCGACCAGUGCAAGUGCAAGUGGAAGAACCUCGUCAAUCGCUACAAGGAUACAGAGACAGCUGAUCCAGAAAAUGGCAGGCAAUGCCCAUUCUUCGAAGAGCUUCAUGCCGUAUUCAUGGAGCGGGCAAGAAACAUGCAGCGCCUCCUCCUGGAGUCUGAAUCCAGCGCCUCCCCCUCGAAGAAGAAACUGAAGAGGCUCGGCGCAGACCGAUCCUCCGGUGAAUUCUCUGAGGAUGAUGAUGAGGAUGAUGAGGACAGCGAUGGCGAGCACCCCUCGAAGAGCAGAAAGAAGAAGGCUGAUAAAGGGGCACAGCAGCAGCAGCAGCAGCAGCAGCGGACAAAGGCAUCGAGCAGCAUCCAUGAGCUGCUGCAGGAGUUCCUGCAGCAGCAGCAGCGCGUCGAGAUCCAGUGGAGGGAGGUGAUGGAGAGGAGGGCCCAGGAGCGCCGGGCCUUCGAGCAGGAGUGGCGGCAGUCGAUGGAGAAGCUGGAGAAAGAGAGGCUGAUGCUGGAGCAGGCACGGCGGGAGAGGGAGGAGCAGAGGAGGAUGAGGGAAGAGAGCCGGGCCGAGAAGAGGGAUGCACUCCUUACCACCCUGCUGAACAAGCUCAUCCAGGAUGACUUCUGAGGGUGGCUGGGAUUGUUGGUACUGUUUGCUUGGUCUCUGUAUUUGUCUGGGGCUUGGAGUUUCACAAGUUGUUCUUGAGGAAGUUCAGGCUUGUGCACAGGAUCAUUUGUAUGGAUUUUUAUGCUUAUACACAUAGCAUAGCAUAGGUGGGAAGUUUAUUUUUUUCUUGUUUUCGAAUACUUUUGAUUGGAAAUGAAUUGAUUUUACAUGUAAUAGCCUCUUGUCUUGUGUCA